GCAGCGGGCGGAGGGGACUUACAUUGAUACAUUCACUACUCAUCCCCGCUCGCGCAUGACUACGAACAGCGAUCUUUCGGCAAGCCUCGGCUACGUUCCGUCAACAUUGGAGUCCAAUUAUUGGACCCAUCAACUGCUACAACUGACCGCUACGUCGAAGUCCAGUGUUGCCGUUUCAGAAGCUUUUUAUAGCCAACCCAACGUGCUGCGUUCAUUUCCACUUUUUGGCUUGCGUCUAUGUGUCUCUCGUCGCCAUUGACCAUUCCCUAAUCGUUCGCGUCGCAGAAUCGUCGUCUGCGUGUCGCAUGGAUCGCCGUCGAGGAGAAACGUCGGUUCGUCUGGCGCGUCGUCGUACGUUCGAGAAAACAACGGCCGUGAAAUCUCCGAGCGGCUCCAUCUUUGCAACUCGUCCCAAGUUCGUAGUCCGGGGAGUGAAAGCGCGACCUGUCACGACCAUCGACGUGUUGAAAUUGAAUACGAUGAGCGAUUACGACAAGGAGCUCCCGAAUGACCCAAACUGCUUCCAGUUCGAGUUGAAGGAAAGAAUCGACGAAGUCCAGUGGAUAGACAAGGCGAAUAUCCGCAUUGUCAUUUCGUCCUCGUUCGACCUGAAGAAACUGCGAACGAGGCUGUGGAGGCAUUUCAGAGUACCAAGGGACAGACGCAUCUUCUACAUCGACGAUGACAGUGACGGCGUCCCAAUCGAUUCGGAAUGCGAAUUUCAAGAAGCAUUGAGGCUUGCAAGAUGGACCUUCUACAAACAAAAUAAACCUCUUUCAUUAAUAGUGGGUUCUUUUGAUAUGCCCAAUUAUGUAUUUUUAUCAUACAGUGACGACGAGGAAUGUUCCGAAACAGACAAGAUCUGUUGCUCAAACAAAGAAUUGAAAAAUAUCAAUGAUGAUCCGAGUUUGUCGUGUGCUGAAAAGAACAAUGGUUCUGCGUCGGAACUGAAUUCUGAAUUAGAUGAACAAAAUAAAAAAAAAAUAAAACAAAAUGACGAAUCUAACAAGGAACAGAGAGAAUCUCAAGACGAGGUAAAACGAAGUGACGAAUCUAGUGAGAAACAGAGAAAAUUGGAGGACAUGGAGGAAAUUCCCCCAAAAAUGAAUGAGACUUUGUGUCAUUUAGAUACCAUGCCUCCUUCAUGGUUUACCGAGUACAUGGAAAUGAUGAAGAAGGAUAUGAUGUCUACGAUCAUACACGACGUAGUGAAAAAUGUGUCGGACGUAAUGAACAAACGUUUGGAUUCCUUUGUUGAUCCCUUACUGAAAGAAUUAAGUCAAUUUCGAAGUCAAUAUUCUUCUCUCCCGAAACGGCAUCCUAAAUAUUCCUUUGACCCGAACGAGAAGGAUCAGAAGAGGAUAAGAUCUCAGGACGAGGAGCAGUCGAGCGAUGCCUCGAUUGAGCGUGUGGACGAGCCGCAGAACGUGAACAUCGCGGAAGAUCCUCAGACAAAGAAAGACAUGAUAUCCACAAUCAGUCAAGAAGUAGUGAAGGAGAUGACAGAAAUGCUGAACAGAAUUCCUCUGGAUCCUCUUACGUCUGUUUCUUCAAAGAAACUUGGUCAAUCCCGAAACCAGUUACAUUUUUCUUCUUCAAAAAGAUUUGCUCGAUACUUAAAUUCGCACUCGAACGAGAAGAGAAAGAUGAGACCUCAGGAUGGGGAGCAAUCAAGUGACGACGCUUCGAUAGAAGGUACGUACGAACCGCGAAACGCGAACAUUUCCUCGGAUAUUUCGCGGCAAGUGCAGAAAAAGCUCUUAUCAAAGUUUGGAAAAAAUCUUAUUGGAGACGCUCGUACAUUUGGUGCAAACAUAAUAGAAGAAAAGAGGAAGAAGAAGUAUCAUCAACGGGCCAGUCAAGUAAUCACUGAUAAUCUAAGCAGUGAGAUUGGCAAAGAGCAAUCUAUUCCAAAUAAUGUGCAGGAAAAUUUUACUCCUUGGAAGAAGGGACCUCCACAGGUAGACCCAGUAUCGUACGACGAUACUGUAGGGAUGAUCGAGAACGAACUUCGUAUGAGCUGCUCCGUUACUGGACACCAAAUAUUGGAUGAAAAUCGUCGUAGGGACGUGUGCAACAAUUUGGAUAUCGAUAAAACUAGUUUCUGGUCGUGUAAUCAGGAAGAGGAAGACGAUUAUGCCUUUGAGAUCAUUCAGAUGCCCGCUUCAGAAAGCAAGGAUGAAUCACGUUCUGAGGAGUCUACUGCCGAACAGCGACGGCACGAUAGCAAUCGGGACUCGCCCAGCUUCGAACUUCUGUCAGAGCCGCCCUCGCCUACGCCUAUGUGCACCUUUAUGCAUUUUAACGAAGAACAUUUUUCGGCGAACGAGGGAAAUGUUCAGCCACAAUAUUUACCGGAUUACAGUACGAAUCCAUCGACGAGUCCCAUUUAUGUGAUAGAUGUUCACGGUAAGGUUUACAACGAGCAAUCGGCAGAUUCAGAUGAAUGCGUUAGUGCAGAUUUAAAGAAACGACCCGGUGGAACCUACUCGUUUAUAGCAGAGACCUUGCCAGUUCAGGAUACUCGUUGUUCGAAGUGUUCGGACCAGCGAUUGAACGAACGAAAGAAGAACUCUCGAGAUGACGGAUGCGAUAACCGCGACAACGCGAGCAGUUCUUAUGACGACGUGAGAAACUCGCAUACGAGUUAUCUGACCGUACGAAUUCACUGCGAUUCAAAGACGCAAUCGCAGUGUAGCUGUCAGUCGCAGACCGAUUCAAAUGAUUUAACACAGAGCUUUCACUCACAUACCACAUCGGUUACCGAUACGACCGACAUUUAUACUGAAGCCUAUGGCAACAAUGGUAGAUGCGGUGAGAAGAUGCCGACGGGCAACGACGUACGAGAAGCGAUGGCGACGGCGACGAAUCCGAGAAGCGAUCACGAUGACAACAUGAAGGAAACCAGGACAAACGAGAGACAUUGCCACGAUGCGGAUAACUAUUCAGAGUGCUUUUAUGCUCCGCACAGCAGUACUCCGAAAAAUAAUCCGGUCGAUCCUUCGUAUCAAUCCAGUCGAGCGAGUGAAUCUUCUGAUUCAAAAUCGAAUUCCAAUGUAGGAUCGAGGAAGACAUCAAUUGGCGAACAGCAACCGCUAGGCCCCGCCGAUCCUGUCCAUAUUCUACCGGAGACGCUAGUCACUGCGGCCGCUCAAGUUGGUUCGUUUGCAUACGACACCGCACGCGAGAUGUUUGAUAAGAUACGUGCGCAUACGAAAGAGGAUUCUGUUAAACGCAGAGGCGGGGUGAAGUGCGACGACAAGAAGCGCUUCUUUGUUGGUCCCUUAUCUUUGUACUAAUAAACUACUAAUCACGAUUCUCUAUAGCUAAUAUUAUAUGCUACGCAGGAUUGCUAAAUAUGUAGAUCUAUUAGGCAAUAGGUAAGUACGCGAAUCGGAUUCGACUCGAAUAGGUUCGAAAUGUUAUGGUACUUUUGGACAUGAUACAAUUGAAAUGUGUACGGCAUGUCUCUUAUAAUACUUGGGUUGUUUCUUAGAUCACGCAAUGAAUAAAGCUAAGUUUCGUACGCCGAUCAUUAUUAAUUGAUUUAUUAAAAAAUAUCAAGAAUGUAUAGAAUUGUUAAAAGAAAAGUUUCCAUUGUUAAUGGAAAAAAGUUUCAAUGAACAAAUACCGAACCAGUAGAAUAACAAGUACGUAAAAAAUUAGCGAGACACUUUGUAUAUACGAGUGAUUUUUAAUUGCAUACGGUGAAUAAAAGUAGAAAAAUUUCCUAGGAACGAGCCAAGAUAUUUUAUCAAAUAUUAAAAGUUUAUUUAUCGCGUGAAAUUAAGAAUCACUGUGUAUGUAAUAGUAUUCAUAGUGAAAAAUUAUGCUAUAUCAUAGAAUGUUAGAAUUAGAUCAUAGGCUGUAUAAAAUUAAUAAAUUAUAUUAUAUAUAUAUAUAUAUAUAUAUAUAUAUAUAUACACAUAUAUAUAAAAGCGCGAACAGAUUGAAGUGAGGAGGACAAAGUGAUAAUGCAAAAUACUUUAAAACAUUUGGAUGAGAGAGAUCUGGAAAAUUUGAAAUUCUUUAUUACAACUUUUCCGCGUAUGAAUAAUGUUAGAGACUAGAGACAUAGAUUAAUUAUAUAUAGACGAGUCAGUUAUCCUCUUAUUGUACUUGUAUAUUCAUCGAAAUGAAAAGGCAAGAUACCGCAUUGUUUAGGAUUGAAUGAUUAUUAUUAGCCUACACGGAUGAUUGUGUAAACGCGUCGGAAAACUCGUGGUUCAAUUUUGUUAGAUUUCAUUAGCCUGAAUAUUGGUGUAGAAACGAAAGAAUUGUCUGCUGAUGCCACGAUAAAAAAAGUCAUUCCUCAAGCAUGUGAUGUAUCAAUGUUCGGCGGUAAGACUUACACGAAGUGUUUAAUCAAUCUAUUGCACUCUUGAAAUUCUUGUCUCAUAUGAUACGCAUUAUUACAUUGUGCUAGAGCUUAUUAGCCAGAUUUAUGAAAAUAAAUGUUAUACAAAUUA